ACCAGCUACUAGAAAGAAAAUUAACUCUAUCCCAGCCGAAACCAGGACACUGUCAACUUCCAAAAGCAAUCCAGCAGUUGCACAAGUCCACAGAGUCCAUGUCUCCCACGGCUUGGGAGUCAGGUUUAUGGCCACUUCCACCACCCAGUGGCAUCUGUCUGGGCUGUGGGUGGAAGCUCGCGGGUGCUGGCUUUGCACUGGCGCUGCUGAGGUCAGGUCGGGGCUUCCCUCCUUCUGAAUCCGUUGCAGAGGAUGUGUCUGGCUGGUCACAGGAACACCUUAAAUCACAACAUCUGGACACAGCUGCAGGGAUGCUGCCCUAUGACCUCAGGGGAGAGAAUCAGGCAGAAAGAGAGAGGAACAGGAAACAGCAUUAAAAAGUCUGAAUUCCAGCUAAACUCCAAACACUGUCUUAUCCCAUAGGCAGGGACACCUUCCACUAGACCAGGUUGCUCCAAGCCCCAUCCAACCUGGCCUUGAACACUGCCAGGGAUGGGGCAGAUGUCAGAGUAGUUCCAAGGUGGCUUUUGUUUCCGCUGCCAGGCUGUCAGGAGACUUGCACAACCUUGUGGCUAGGCUCAAGUCCUUGUUGUGGGUGCAGCGUGGGAGAGAAUCAGAACUCCCUGGGGUUACAUUCCUCCCCCCUGCUCGCUACCCCAGGAUUUCCUGCAAUCUGUAACCAAACCAGAAGGACAGUGCUGAUGCUGCUCCAAAAUGGCUACAAGUUCCUCCAGCUUUUAGAAACGGUGAUGCACUUUGGCUUUGGCAAGAAAAGCUCUUUCUUUUCCUGCAGGUAGGAAACAGAAGUGGCGGAUGACAGUCCAGCUGUGUAGCUGAAUUAUAACCCAUUUUAACUGCACUAAGCAUUAAGCCUUUGCAGAGGACGUGCUUCCUCUCUGCUGGCCGGGCAAAGUUCAGCUGACACUUUUGUAGCUUCUGUACACACGAAGACCUGUGCUGCUUAUAAGCAUCCAUGCUGAUAACCGUGCUUUGUACAAGGAGACUGUACGUCGGCAUGGAAGCGGGAUCAGCUUGUGUCACUCAUUAGGUCUUGACCAAGACUACACAUGACCACAGUCACCUGUUCUGGACCAGCUGGUGCCUAGUCGGGGCUGAGGGAUGCACUCCCAUUUUAUUGUUCCUAAACAGUUGUCUACAAGGGAGCGUUUCUUCUUUAAGUUGAAAAUGCUCUCCCUUGUUCCUGAAGCUGCUCCUUCCCCUUUCAUAUUCUCUAUGCAAAGAAUAGCCUAAAGCUCCACAGCAUGUUUGUCCCCAAAAUCAGCCCUCUGACAAAGGAAUUACUGAGUUAAGCCACAGUAAAGCCUGGCCUCUGCCCUCUCCAUCUCUUUGGAGCUGACAGCAAUUGCUGUGAUUUACCUGCAGCUUUUCCAGGGCUCUUCCCUAUGGGGAGGGACAGACCAGCCGGGCAGGGGGUGGCUGGUCCCGAUCCCCUCCUCUGCCUCAGGAGAAGGGAUGAAGCUUUGGAGAGCCAUCGAUACUCAAGGCACGGGUUAGUUUUUGUCUUCAGUUUAUCUGGCGGGAGACGAGUGACCUGCGUGGAAAUUGAUGGCGUGGAGGGCAAGGAGGUGGCUUGCUGUAGCCAUGGGAGGUUUAUCACAGGUGGCUCAGAGCGGAAGGGCUCCGAGGGGCCCCUGCUAUGGCCUCUCCUCCAGCGAGUUCAGCUUUGCCAGGUCACUAACCACCAACUUACUCAUCUCUACGCACAUCAGAGAAAACACAUCCUUCUGCUUUCUUCUGCCCCCACGCUCCCAGGGCUGUGGUCUGGCAAUGGGCACACAGGACCAGGGCAGGGGGCACGGUGCAAAGCAACACUGGAGGGGUCUGCUCCUCAUGGGCCCCAUCCCCGUCCCUCCUCCUCCUCCCAGCGCUGCAGCAGCAAGCAGCUGUGGGCUUCCCCUUAUCCCAGGGCUCCCAGCAACCCGUUGAGGGCUGAUGCAAAAAGAAGAGGCUGCAGAGAGAGCAGAGGAGAGGCUGGAGCUGCUCCGGUGAGCCUGAACCUCCUGCCACGGGGCGGGCGAACCACAGCCCACUUCACCUUGAACCAUCUCCAGCGUCCACAACACACAACUAGCCGCUGUGCCCAUGUGCCGCUCGGUGGAAGGACACCCGCGGGCAGAAACAUGGCUGCAAGCCCAGCCAUCGGCUUUCGAUAUUUGCUUAGUGCGGGGGUGAUGUUUUCUGGAAAAUAAUUGCUAUCCCCUUUUGCUAGCUGAGGGGUGCAGCAGAAAGUGGGUGGCAUUGGCACGUCCCCAUCAUGUCCCCAUCACUGCCUGGGCAGCUGGUCUGCAAACCCGCUCCCCGCCGGCUUGCCACGCUGCUGGGAGGGCUUCCACGGGAACCAGUUGCUGAAGCAGGACCAACUAACCCAGUUACUCCAUCCUGAGGAACUGCAGAUUUCGAAUCUGACACCACGUGCAGGCUUCACGCUGGGAAGAGUCACCCGUCAAGCAGGAGGCAGUCCUUAAGCAGGGCUGCAGGAAAUAGGGGUGCGGGACUCCUUAAUAAAACACGUCUCCAUGCGCUUACUGAGGUAAUUAAAGGAAUGGAAAAAGAAAUCCCAGUAACUCUUCAUAAAGAAAGAUGGGAGGAAAGGACUGCCCUUUUAAAACCCUCUCUUUAGGCAACUUUCCGUAGUAAUAUGAAAAUUAAAAUGUAAAGCCUGUUGCAUUGAUAUCAAUACAGAAAAAGCAAAGUCAGCGCCAUAACAUAUUGAAUACACUGUGGCCCGUUCCCAAGGAUGCAGCUGCUCAGUCAAGACGUACUUUUUUUAAACAAGACAGUAAGAAAAAAAUGACUAGGUAAACUAAGAUCUGGUGAGAAUACAGCUUCUGAAGCUCUGUGUUGUUAAUAUUAACCUAAUUUGAAUACCUACAAGAGUUCUUUAAUUGACAUAGGUUUGCAAAAUAUAAACAGCUUGUUUUAAAAAGAAAUAAAUCUGCAGAUCGCAUUUUUGUGCUGGGUUCUCCAAAGUCCUGUGCUGACAUCAAGUGGUGACAUAUUUUUCAUGCUGAAGGGAGCCGGACUUGCUGUACUGCAUAUGCUCAUUUAUUAAAGCAAGCUUGACACACAGUUAACCAAGGAGGAUGGGAAGCUAUAUUAAUUAGUUCUGCAGAAAUAUCAAGGAGGGAAAAAUAAAUACGUAAGGUUAUGAACUGGCUGUGAAUAAAAUCAAGCUUGAUAUUAGAAGGGUUUUAGCUCUGAGUGAACUUCUGGAACAACAUCCCUGCGGAGACUGUGCAGGAAAACCCUCCCACAAUGCAGUUUUAAUGCGGAGGUUAAUUAUUUGCUGAAGGCAUUAGGGUCCGUGAUGUGAGCUGUAACAUCAGCCCUGGGUUGGCAGGGACUGACCUUGGUGAGGCAUGUGGUUUGCUUCACUCGCCUGCCUCGCUACUCACUGAAGCUGGUUUUAAAAGCUGCAAUUGACGGGAAGUGAAAUUUUAUUUGGGGAUUUACCCAUGAAUACUCAGAUCAAUUAUACUUUGUUAACAGAACUACAUGCUCAAAUAAUAGCUGGGAAUUAAUGACAUGAAAACACAAAAUGGUCUCUAUGUUUCUAACUCAGAUUAAAAAAAAAAAUAACAAACACUUGCCCUCUUACCAGUUGUUGCUCUGACUGUAGAAAUGGUUUCCUGCUCUUCCCAGGAGCCGGCCUAUGCUGGGAGCCAAAAAAAACCUCCCUGCAGCACCACUGCCAUUGCGUGCCGACGGGUUUAUCCUUCCUCUCGUCCUGGGCCGGGCAGGAGGGCUGCAGCGGCUGCUGGCUGUAUGGCACAGCAACCCGGGUUGCUCCAAAAGCUGAUGGGAUUUGACCAGCACAGCUAAGCCUUGGCAGAUGUUUUGGGACAGUGUAUGAAAGAGCCACGCUGUAAAAUUGAUCUCUGUAGUCAUCAUCCGGCUUGUGCUUUGGUACAGUACAAAGAACUGUCCAUCUCUCCCCGUUUUGUGUUACGGUAAGUGAAGGCUGGGGGGUGGGAGGAACACCCCAGUCUCGGAGCAUCUCUCAGCAAACCUGCUCCACCUUCAGCCAGUGCACCAAGAGAUGGAGCACUGCUGCACCACUAAGCAGGUGUUUUUUUGAGGGUUUUUGUUUUUUUUUUCCCCCAUGUGUUGACACUGAGGCCAGGCUUUGCCCUUGGCGGUUUUGUUUUCUCAUGAGCAGCUGGACUUUAAACUCCAACAUCUCUCGUGUAGCCAUUUCCCCAAGAGCUGCAGGGAGGCAGGCAGGCGGCCAUUAGGCUCAGAGGGUAACAAUGGCAAGGUGCUCUUGGAAAAUAUUGUUUCUUCUCUCUGCCCUUUUCCUCCAGACAGAGCAGACAGUGUUUAUAUCAGCUGAUGAUGCAAACAAUGUUAUCAAGAGACAGAGGCGUGCCAGUUCCCUACUUUUGGAGGAGGUCCUCCAAGGCAGCUUGGAAAGGGAAUGCCUUGAAGAGAGAUGUACAGAAGAAGAAGCAAGAGAAGUAUUUGAAAACGAUGAAAUGCUCAAAAUGUUUUGGGAUGGCUACUACGGUGGCAGGAGAUGCUCAUCAAGCCCCUGUCAGCACAACGGCGUGUGUGAGGACAGCAUUCGUGGCUACACCUGCACCUGCGCCGAGGGCUACGAGGGCGAGAACUGUGCUUUCGCUAAAAACGAAUGUCGCCACCAAGCAAAGGAAGGAUGUGACCACUUCUGCUACCCGGGAAGUAAUUCCUACCGCUGUUCCUGUGCUGAUGGCUACGAGCUCGGGAAGGACAAAAAACAGUGCAUCGCAUUAGAUCAAUGUGCAUGCGGCAGACUUCAAGAGCGUGAUAAUCUGUUAAGUGAAACCAGGAAGAAACGUGAUGAGCGAUUUCCUUGGCAGGUCCUGCUGCUGAACUCAGAAGGAAAGGGCUUCUGCGGAGGAGUGCUGCUGAAAAGUAACUUUGUAGUGACUACAGCAGAAUGCGCCCUUCUGCAUAGCCAUUUUGAAAUCAGGGUUGGUGCUGGGCCUAAUGGAACAAGUGGAACUGAGAAGACAAUGCAAGUUAGCAAGAAACACAUACACAUCCGGUAUGAUGAAGACACUGGUGAGAACAACAUUGCAUUGCUACAACUCCAAGAGCAUGUUAAGUGCAACAACCACCAGCUUCCUGUGUGCACCCCUGAAAGAGACUUUGCAGAACACAUUUUAAUUCCAAAAUUGGCUGGUAUGGUCAGUGGCUGGAGAAUGGAAGGCAAUGAACUUCAAGGUGAUGAGCUGCAGGUUUCAUACCUUCCUGCUGAGGACUGCAAACAAAUACUCAACAUAAGCCUCACAAACAGGCAGUUUUGUGGACACCUCCAGGAGCCUGUAGACAAACAACUGGCUGGAGGAAGCUUUUUAGCUACUGAGUAUAAGGGCACUUGGUUUCUAACUGGUAUCCUGGGAUCUUGGCCGCUAGAAGACACUGACUGGGAAACAUUCCUAUUCACUAACACUGCGAGGUAUACGAUAUGGUUUAAACAAAAAAUGAAAUAAGACACAAACACAACCAACCCUCCAGCACCAAACCCCUACCAAUCACUGCAAGGAAACACCUUGAUGCAGCUAGUACACCCAUUUGACUCUCUGUCAUGACUUGCAGCAAUGGAAGUUGCAACAAUGAUAUGUAUAUAACUCCAAUUCAUACAGAAAAAUGCAUCUGUCUUUCCUUCUUCUGCUGACACACAGUACUGUGAAAGUCAUGAUGCAGUAAAUCUAGUUAUUUUACUAAAAACUGACUGAACUUUUAAGUUUCUUAGAACUAUUCAUCCUAAAACUCAAAAAGCUUUGCUGUUUUUCUGGGAUUUUAAAUGUUGCUAGACGAAAAUGAGUCUCUUUCUUUAACUCUUGUUACCCUGAGGUUUGAUUCAGCAAAUUCAUCUUCUUUUACUUCUUAAGUAAAACUUAUGAAGACCAGGGGAACUCCAAGCCUUUAAACACCUAUGUUGAUGUACGACUUGACAAUCUCAUCACACUAAAAAAAUGCUUCCCUUCA